CACUGGAAACGGGCACUUAACGCCCAAAAUCCAAUGGAUACUGUACUGAAAACACUCUCUGUUCAUAUUAACCUUCAAGGUGCAAGAAUUGUUGCUGAAACAACUCCUGGAAAAACUCGGGAAAUAGCUCUUCCGCAUCAUAAAGAAGAAGUUUCACAUAUUGCAGUAGAUGUUGGUGGGUCUUUAGCCAAAGUUGUCUAUAUUACAAAAGAUAUUGAAGGUGGGAGUCGGUUUAACUUCACUCGCUUUGAAACAAAGAAUAUUGAUGAAUGCAUUUCGUUUCUUUCAUUUUUGUGUCGGCAGUAUGAGCGUAGUAGGUUGGAAGGACCAGCUAUGUGUGUUAUGGCCACUGGAGGUGGUGCAUUUAAGUAUUAUGAUCGACUUCGAGAUGAAUUAGGAGUAGAAAUUAUUCGUGAAGAUGAGAUGGAAUGUUUGAUUGUUGGCUUGGACUUUUUUAUUACAGAAAUUUCAGAUGAAGUGUUUACAUAUUCUGAAAGUGGGCCGAUGAAAUUUUGUGAACCAUUGCCAAAUAUCUAUCCAUACCUUCUUUGUAAUAUUGGAAGUGGUGUAAGUAUGAUUAAAGUAUCAGGACCAGAAAAAUUUGAACGUAUUGGGGGAUCAUCGUUAGGUGGUGGAACCUUAUGGGGCUUGAUGUCUAUAUUAACAAAUGCAAAAACAUUUGAUGAAAUGUUAGAGAUGUCUAAAUCAGGAGACAAUACUGUUGUAGACAUGCUGGUUGGUGAUAUUUAUGGCACAAAUUAUGAAAAAAUGUCUUUAAAGUCAACAACUAUUGCAAGCACAUUCGGUAAAGUGUUUCAAAAAAAACUAACUAAAAAAUACGAUACGAUCCAAGAUUUUCAGUCAUGUUUUCGUUCAGAAGAUAUUGCUAAAAGCUUAUUAUACGCUAUUAGUAAUAACAUUGGACAAAUAGCAUAUUUGCAGGCUCGGAUUCAUGAACUUGAAACAAUUUAUUUUGGAGGAACAUACAUAAGAGGACAUCCUCUUACUAUGCAUACGCUCUCAUAUGCUAUACGUUUUUGGUCAGGAGGAACAAAAAAAGCUUAUUUUUUAAGACAUGAAGGAUAUUUAGGUGCUGUCGGUGCUUUUCUUAAGCAUCAACCUCGUAACUGGGGAAGACGGAGAGCCAGUCGGAUAAAUGGCGUGUCGUAAAUUAUAAAAUAUAUUAAAAUUUAAAUAUAAAUUAUCUAACUUUUAUUCAACUUCUUUUCUAUC